UGCUCCUCCUCCUCCCGGGAAUAACGCUGCUGCUGGCAGCGCUCGGGGCGACGCGGCCGCUGCGGGGAGCGCGCCGGCGAUUGGGGUAAUUCGGGUGAUUAAUUUGGGUCUCCCUUCAGCACUGCCACGGCCUCCUACCCAGCAGAGCUGCUCCCCAGAGCCAGAGGGAUGGUGGUAGUCACGGGGCAGAACAAAGUGAGUGCCACCCCGGAUGAUGCCAUGUCGAGCUCGGAUGCAGAGGAUGAUUUCCAAGAGCCGGCCACUCCCACCGCCACCCAGGCAGGACAAGCGCUACCUCUGCUGCCCCAGCAGUUCCCAGAAGUUGUCCCACUGAACGUGGGGGGGAUGUUUUUCACCACCAGACUGUCCACGCUGCGCAGGUACGAGGACACCAUGCUGGCAGCCAUGUUCAGCGGCAGGCACUACAUCCCCACGGACGCUGAGGGCAGGUACUUCAUCGACAGGGAUGGCACCUACUUCGGAGACAUACUAAACUUCCUACGAUCUGGUGACCUGCCCCCCCGAGAGCGAGUGAGGUCAGUGUACAAGGAAGCUCAGUAUUAUUCCAUAGGACCCUUGCUAGACAAUCUAGAGGAUAUCCAGCCUCUUAAAGGAGAAAAAGUUAGACAAGCUUUCCUGGGCCUAAUGCCAUAUUACAAAGACCACUUGGAGCGGAUCAUCGAGAUAGCCAAGCUGCGAGCCAUGCAGAGGAAGGCCAGGUUUGCCAAGCUGAAGGUGUGUGUGUUCAAGGAGGAGAUGCCCAUCACUCCCUACGAGUGCCCCCACUUCAACUCCCUGCGCUUCGAGCGCAGCGAGAGCGAGACCAAGCUCUUUGAGCACCACUGCGAGGUGGACGUGUCCUUCGGGCCCUGGGAGGCCGUGGCCGACGUCUACGACCUCCUGCACUGCAUCGUCACCGACCUGUCCGCCCGCGGCAUCACCGUGGACCACCAGUGCAUCGGCGUGUGCGACAAGCACCUCAUCAACCACUACUACUGCAAGCGCCCCAUCUACGAGUUCAAGAUCACCUGGUGGUGAGCAAAGCAAAGGGUCAGAGGACUCCCAGAGGACAAACGUUCUUUCAAAGUUGCCUGGUAGUGAGUAUGGUGGCACAUCGAGGGGUGAAAGGACUCCCAGAGGACAAAUGUUCUUUCGAGAUGGCCUUGUGGUGAGUGUGGUGGCACAGCAAGGGAUGAAGGGACUUCUAGAGAACAAAUUCUUUCAAGAUUGCCUGGUGGUGUGGUGGCACAUCGAGGGGUGAAAGGACUGCUAAAGGACAAAUGUUCUUUUAAGAUCACCUGGUGGUGAGUUGUGGUGGCACAUUGAGGGGUGAAAGCACUCCUAGAGGACAAAUUCUUUCAAGGUCACUUUGUGGUGAGUGUGGUGGCACAUUGAGGGGUGAAAGCACUCCUAGAGGACAAAUCUUCUUUCAAGGUCACCUGGUGGUGAGUGUGGUGGCACACUGAGGGGUGAAAGCACUCCUAGAGGACAAAUUCUUUCAAGGUCACUUUGUGGUGAGUGUGGUGGUACUUCGAGGGGUGAAAGGAUUUCUAGAGGACAAAUGUUCUUUCAAGGUCACUUUGUGGUGAGUGUGGUGGCACAUCGAGGGGGGAGAGGACUCCUAAAGGACAAAUGUUCUUGGCAGUUACCUUGCUGCUCACAUUCCUUGGGAUCAGCCUGCUGGCAGGGGUUGGGAACACCUCUGGAAACUUGGAAAACCAGCCUGAAAUCAGACUGUUGGCUCAGGUACCUUAACGAGGCACAAAACAAAAUCACCUCAUGCAAAGGAUGGAGGCAAGUGGCUGAACAUCUGCUAAAAGGUGCCACCAACCACGUGGCUUCAGGAUGGAAUUGCGGAUUUUUCCUGCAUUUUUGGGAAUCUGGGGUGCUACUAAAGCUGACAUUUCAGUUUUACCCUCUUAGAAAUGUUUUAGUUCCUCCUUCAGCUUUAUAAAGUUUGAGUCACACCCAGCACAAAGAUCUGGAAAUGUCAUUUUGAUGUACUAGAUAAUUUAAAAAAAAAAAAAGGAAUAUUCCUUAUAUAUUAUUAAUUGUUGUCAGGAUUAAACUGUAUUUCUUUUUUAAUUAAGAAUCUAUGUUGUGAAUUAUAAUGUUGUACUUCAAUUAUUUCUGUUGUUAUCAAAAGGAAUAGCAGAUCUGGCGUAUAUUCCUUAAUGCUUUUAGGAAUAAUAACUGUUCAUGGAAGACUUGUGCCUGUUUUUAGCCUUAGAAAUUUUAAAUGUUUACAAUAUAUACAAAAAAAAAAAAGCUCUUUAGAAUCAGGUCAUUUGCAAAGGCUUUUGGUAAAUGAGAGAACCCUGUCUGUACGUUCCUAUCAGCAGUAGUGAGAGGAAUAUUUAAUGUAUAUUAUUUUAUUACUGACUCUUUUUACAUUCUGUGAUAUUAAACUUUAUUUUAGACUUAAAGUCAGAUGAUAUUAGACAAGUGCUUCCUUCACCUCACCUUUUUCAGACAAUUAAAUCUUAAUUUUAUCCUUCUUCUUGAUCCUUCUUGAUGUCGUAGAAGGAAAACCAAAAUUCAAACUUCAUACUCAGAUA